AUGAAAGCACUUUCACUUGUUCUAACCAUUGUCUCAUUAACGACGCUAACAUGUGCAAUUAUACAAAAUGGUCGAUGUCCCUUUGCACAAUAUGCGUUUAGUGGACUGUCGUGUGCAACAGAAGGAGAUGAUAGUGAUUGCCCAAAUAAUUAUAAAUGCUGUCCGUUGACUAAUGGUAUGAAAUGUUUCAGUCCAUGUCCAGAAUUUGCUCAACCAUGCACUCUUCAAUGUCCGUUUGGUUUUGUCGUUGAUCCAUCACCGUGUACUAGUUGCGAAUGUGCACCUGAUCCAUGUUUAUCGACAGCAUGUCCUUUGGGAACGAAAUGUAUUGUAACAGAUUAUAAACCGUGUGCCAUUCAAGGACGAUGUGGUAAAACGACUGAAUGCGUCAAUGAUCUUUCUAUUGAGGUUGAUCCAACUCCAAAACCUAAAAACUGUCCUCAAUACUGGCCAACAAUGGGCAAUGGCCUACAACAAUGUCAAGGUCCAGAUCGUCUAUGUCCUGGCGAAGAGAAAUGCUGUCAAGCUCCAACAAAUGAUAUAAGUUCUCUUGAUGCACCCAAAAGUUAUUGUGUUCAACCAUGUGACGAUAUUUCCAAUUGUACACUGCAAUGUACAUUCGGCUUGGCUAUUGAUGGUGGCUGUCGAGUUUGUCGAUGUAAUCGUGAUCCUUGCGAAGGUACUGUUUGUGCUCCUGGUCAAAUCUGUCGACCACUACCAGCUCCGUGUGCGCAUUUUCCUGGAAGACCUCCGUGUCCGUUGAUGCCUGUAUGCAUGAAAGAGUUUUGA